AAUUGUUUAAAAAAUAUAUAAGUAAAAGAUUAAAAAAAAACGAAAAAAAAAAAAUGUCCAAAUUUUGUGGUGUAAUUUCUAAAAGACUAAAUUCCGAACAAGUGGAGCCGUUGCGUUUCAUUCACCUAGAAAUUUUAACCGAUUGGCUGACGUGUGAAACUGAAUCCUUGGAAUCGGAUUUUCUAACUAAAAGUGAGGCUGUGCGCGAGGCCCAACUGCAAGUGUUCAAGAAUGAGCAGCAACUGAUAGCAAUCAAUGAUAUAAUGAAGGGGCUUAAACUCAAAAUGUCGACCACAGAACAGGAAUUGGAGGUUAAUGAGGCGAGUAUAAAACUGCUUGAGAGCAAUAUCAAUGCGCUAGAUGAGCACACCGGACAAUUGGCCGCAACUAGCAUAUCUUGCGGUUGUCCACUUGUUUGUGUUCCACACGAACAACAGAAUAUGUUGAAAAUGCUUGAGAAUACCGAUCACAACAUGGCACGGCUUAAUAUGAUAAUGAAUGAGGUAUAUGAAUUGCAACCAUAUGUUCAAAGGACUAGUAAUCCCUACCAUACAGUAAGCAGCAUACUGGAUUGCCAAGUGACUACACUGAAACAAACCGAAAAGAAUCUGGAUCGUUUGGCUGAAAAGUUGAAUGGAGUCGAUGGCAUGUUUCGCCUUGCAAUGCAGCAUCUCACUGCUGCACGUCAAAAUCGUUCACACUCCGCGCCGCCAACUGUUUACAAAUCCUUUGGUGAUGGACGAACAAAUGCCUGAUUUCAAAUUAAACGUGAUAUACAUUUUCAAUAUACAUAAAUAUCUACAAAUAAAUAUAUAUAUGUAUUUAUCAAAUUAGUUUUCAG